AUGGAAUUAGACCGUACUGAGACGUACAAGAAGCCAGCCAUCACACAGAAGAAGCAAAUAAAAUGUUACAACUGUGGAAAGAUAGGCCACUACGUCCGAGACUGCCGAUCAAAGAAGCAAGAUCCCAAAGCGAAAGUAACUGUCAUUGAAGAGCAACCCACCACCUUAGAUGCAGAAUUUAUUCACAUCGAAGAAAACCAAGAACAGUUGCUCCGAUUCAAUGGUAAGAUUAAUGGACGCCCCGCAUGGAUCCUGUUGGAUUCUGGUGCCUCCAAAAAUUUUGUAGAUAAAAA